UGGUAUAAUCUGACUGGUGUGAUGUUUAACAUUUGUUGCAGUUAAUGUGCCUAGCAGACCUAGAAUUUGAUUAUAUAAAUCCAUAUGAUUCCUCAUCUCGAAUAAACAAAGUAGUAUUGCCUGAAUACAUUAUACUAGGUGUUUUAUGCGGCUUCUACCUCGUCACAGGGCAUUGGAUAAUGUCACUGUUCUGCGCUCCUUACCUCUACUACAACGUGAGACUAUAUAGACAAGGAAAACAUCUGGUUGAUGUUACAGAGAUAUUCAACUUGCUCUCUAAGGAAAAGAAGCAACGGCUUGUCAAACUCUUCUAUCUUGUUUUUAUCCUUUUCCUAUCCUUAUUUUGGAUGAUCUACACAUCUUUGGAAGAUCAUGAUGAUUGAUGUCUUGUUUUAUGGAGGAUUCCUGGAGUCUCAAUGCAGCUUGAGGGCACUAAUUACGACUCAUAUAAGAUGGUGGCUUGUUUCAUUGUUGGACAUGGACCAAUAGAAUAUCUGGUUCUGUAUAACACACUUCAAAGCAGUUUUAUUUUUCUGUUCGAUUCAUGCUUGUUGUAGUAAAUUCAAAUUGCAAAAUCUUGCCUUAUAUAACCUUUGCCUGUACGCUUAAA